GAACGCCAAGCAGGCAACAAACGCCAGCCAAUGCUGAAUGAAAAUUUUCCUUUUUUCAGAAUUUAUCAAAGGCCCGUGCUAACUUGGAAGGCCCGUGUGUGAAGAGAGCAAGAACACCCGAUCGGAUCCAAACAAUGGGGCUUUAUGACGAGACGGUCUGGAACGAAGACGAGCUCUCCCGGGGUUGGGACUAGAACAGCAGAGCAGGACGCAACAGCACAGCAGAGCAGACCACAAUGCACCACGACCAGCAGAGCAAACUAGACGCAGCAGCACCGAUAGACGAAGAAGAGGAGCUAGGAGAAGCUGGAGGAAGAGGGAAAGGAUCCGAUUCGUCAAAAGAAACGACCGCAACCUGCGGAGAUGUCAAAAGAUCAAAAGCUGGAGCCCCAGACGGAAAAAGAUGGAGGAGAGAAAUGACAGACGGUGGUGGGCAAUGCGUCAUUAUGGGGUUGCUGUCUUUUCAGAGCUGGCAAAGGGGCGGAGAAGAGGAAAAGCAGAGAGCAUACCUGAUGGGAGAGCAACAGCUGCACAAGAAUGCACUGAAGAUGAGAAAUGGACAAAAUGAAGCUGAGAUGAAGUUGAGAGAGGUCUGUCUAAUCGAGGACUUCGUGGUGGUCUCCGGGAUAAACAGCGGUGCUUCUGGCCGGGCGGGCGUUUUUGGUCUCGGUCGGGACAAGGCGGAGAAACCGUCGGCCCGAGAGGCAAGUGUCGAUGAUGUCGACUGGUGCCUAAAUGGAUGAUAUCUAGACCUUAUUUAUGUCUAUAUAUACACCUCUACAAGUGAAUAAUGAAUAGUCUAGACAAUGAUAAUGUACAUGUUAAUACUGGCAUCAAUGCACGAUCACUUUCUCCCCACAAUACAUACAGCAUCCAGAGCUGUCUGCCCCUCCGCACGGCUCUCUUG